UUAUUUAAAGCCCAGUCCCAGUCGUGGUGCAGUAUAAACAACGCAUCUCGGAUUCGGUUCUUCGUCAAAUUUGAUUCAACUAUUUACUUUACAGAUUGACACACUAUGGAAGAAAAGGCUAGUAAGGAUUCAACAACGAAGCAAACUGGAAGUGCAAGGUCUCCAGUUGUGCCAGACCUUCUUGACAUUGUCGAAGAAUGGGCAACGAAGAACUACAAAGUAACAAAACCUGAGGCUAAAGAUGUUCGUAUGGAUAUAAUAUGGAAGAAGCUGAACUUUACCUCGUCUUUUGUUCAUUUUGAGAACAAGAAGUAUGGCAAAGAUCCAGCCCCACAGGUGCUACUUACAACAAGCUUCGAGAAUCAUACAAAGAAAAACCAACAUCAAGAGUUCAAGGCCAGUGAAACAUCAACUUCUACUGCUACUACAACUCUUGAAAGGGGAUUUACUCGGGGAAAUACAGGGGAUAUAAAUCUCACUGUUCCUAAGAAGAUUCGGGCUACAGCGUCUCAUUUCAACGAGGAAAUUGUAAUAAAUGAAGAUGGGAAAAAGACUGAACGAACCAGAAAGUUGAAGGGGAAGACAUCUUUUGAUGCCAUUGCUCAGAAAAACACAAUUGUCCAAAUGUUAAUUCUUCAAAAGGAAUACCAUUGUGACUUCACGAUGACAGAGACUCUCCGUGGAACUGUCAUUGCUAACAUUACAAGCAACAUUUCCGAAGUUCCAGUUACUGUGCAAGGUUCUAUUGUCACUAUCUUUGAAGAUAUGGAGGACCUGUUUCCCUGUUUCCUAUUCCUGCUCUAA